UGGGCUCGUUGCUAAGGAGAUGGCCGGCCCCGGUGUCAUUGUGUCCUUCAUUAUCGCCGCUGUGGCCUCCAUACUGUCAGGAGUCUGCUACGCAGAGUUUGGUGUUCGCGUGCCUAAGACCACGGGCUCCGCCUACACGUACAGCUAUGUGACGGUGGGCGAGUGCGUGGCCUUUUUUAUCGGCUGGAACUUAAUCCUGGAGUACCUCAUCGGCACGGCGGCGGGAGCGUCGGCCCUCAGCAGCAUGGCGGACUCUCUGGCCAAUCACAGCAUCAGUAACUUCAUGAUUUCACAUAUUGGAACGCUCAAUGGAUUGGGUAAAGGAGAGCAGUCCUACCCUGACCUGCUGGCACUCCUGAUUGCUCUGUUGGUGACGGUCAUAGUGGCUUUGGGAGUGAAGAACUCAGUCGGCUUCAACAACGUGCUGAACGUCAUCAACCUCAUAGUUUGGGUGUUCAUGAUGAUCGCAGGACUGUUCUUUGUCAACGGAGAGAAUUGGGAUGAGGGGAGAUUCCUGCCCUUUGGCUGGUCUGGGGUGAUGCAGGGUGCAGCUACCUGUUUCUAUGCCUUCAUUGGGUUUGACAUCAUUGCUACAACCGGAGAAGAAGCCAAAAGUCCCAACACCUCGAUCCCGUAUGCCAUCACUGCCUCACUCAUCACUUGUCUCACUGCUUACGUCUCGGUUUCUGUGAUACUGACUCUGAUGGUCCCAUACAAUGAGAUUGAUGCUGAUGCCCCAUUGAUGGAGAUGUUUGCAACACAUGGCUGUAUGUUCGCUAAGUAUAUUGUGGCGGUGGGAUCUAUAGCUGGACUGACUGUUUCUCUCCUGGGGUCCCUGUUUCCCAUGCCCAGGGUCAUCUACGCCAUGGCAGGAGAUGGCCUGCUAUUUAAAUUCCUGGCAAAUGUUUCUACGUACACAGAGACUCCUGCUGUGGCCUGUGUGGUUUCAGGAUUUCUGGCCGCCCUGCUCAGUCUUCUGGUCAGCCUCAGAGACCUCAUAGAGAUGAUGUCUAUUGGAACGCUGCUGGCCUAUACUCUUGUGAGCCUCUGCGUUCUGCUUUUACGUUACCAACCUGAGAGCGACAUUCACGGCUUCGUGAACUUUCUCUCUGAGGAGCAAAACAAGAAGAAAAAGGAAGGCGUGCUGGCUGAGUGUGAGAAGGACGCAUGCUCACCCACCAGUGAGACUGACGAAUAUGGAGGGGUGCCCACCAACACCUGUGGAGCCAAGAACCUGCCCUCGUUGGGCGACAACGAAAUGCUGAUCGGCAAACCAGAUAAAAACGCCUACACUGCAAGCCACCCCAACUACGGGACGGUGGACAUGACCACAGGCAUCGAAGCGGAGGAGUCGGAAGGAGGGAUGUCCCGACGGCUGAAGAAACUGAUUGGACCACGCUACUAUACUUUGAGGAUUCGACUUGGGCUCCCUGGGAAAAUGGACAGGCCAACUGCAGCCACAGGGAAAACCGUCACAGUGUGUGUGCUGCUGCUCUUCAUCCUGAACUUUGUUUUCUGCUCCUUCAUCAUCUUUGGGGCCAGCAGUAUUGGGGAAGGUCGUUGGUGGGCCUUACUACUACUAAUCCUCCUCAUCCUCUUCAUUGCACUUUUGGUCAUCAUCAUCCUCCAGCAGCCAGAGAAUCCAAAGCGAUUGCCGUACAUGGCUCCCUGUGUGCCAUUUGUUCCUGCUUCAGCUAUGCUGGUCAACAUCUACCUCAUGCUUAAGCUGUCUGCAAUCACCUGGAUACGGUUUUCCGUCUGGUGCUUCGUGGGGGUGCUCAUCUACUUUGGCUACGGCAUGUGGAAUAGCACACUGGAGAUCACGGCCAGAGAAAACGAGGUGCACGCAUCCACCUACCAGCGCUAUGACCAAGGCGUGGAUGAAGGCUUCUGUGGCUUUGACGACGACUUCUACCCGCCUACGACUGACGCCUGGAGCGCACCAGGGGAGGGGUCCAAGACCUCUCCCCCUAAAGCCAAACCUGAAAGCGAUGGCUUUGCAUCAACAGAUGGACCCAGAACCGUAGCUAACAAUGGCCUUGCAGAGGAGGAUCCGAUGGAUUUCUGAAGGGACUGACUCUGUUAACCUGAAUGUACUGCCUUGUCUGCUGCCUGGGGGGCGGGAGGGGAACGACGUGUGACUGCACAAACAACUGCGUGUGUGUUUGCAUGCCUGCAUGUGUGUGUAAGUGUUUGUAAAUCUGACCCUUGGGCUAGAUAGUUUCUGGGAAGUCGACCAGCUCGCUUUUUCCUGCAUUCAACAAAGCUUGCCACAGUAGAAGUGUGAACGCCAAGGCCAUGGGAGUCUUGAUAACUUCACCUACAGCUCGCUCAAUGAAGUCAACAACAACAACAUCCCACACAAAGAGAAGGCUGGUAAGAAAAGUGCAAACAAAGCACGAGAUAAGAUAGGCCGUGAAUCAGACGACAGAGUGUUCUGAACCACUUGUGAACUGAUUUCAGACAGAAAUAAUGCGACACUGGAGGCAUGAGUGUUAACAAGACGAGACCGAUGAAUCAGCAGCUCCUUUCCUGUUUCAAGCUGAGGCGGACAGAAAAGUUAGAUAACAACACGCCAUGCCCAGAUGACUUCCUGACCAGGUCUUUUUAUGAUCCUGUGUUAGGAAAAACACUCCAAAAUCAAAGCAUUGAAUACCUCUAACACCAUGCUUUUGUUUUUUAAAAAAAAUCUAGCCCAAGGGACUGAAAUGGAUUUGGAAAAAGGGUGUUGAUGUUUUCUGUGACAAAUAGUUUUUGGACUUUGCUUGCAAUAGUGCCUUCAUAUUCUGUAUGUGUCUGUGACUUUCUGGUUUUGUCUGUUUUCUACUUUCAUUCUUGCUUGUGUAAGUGUGUGGACAGGGUCUACUGUGGGU